AUGCCUACACCGGCUCCCCUCACUGUUGAAUCACCCUACCGAAAGUUCACUCGGAAACCAGAACGGGUUCCUCAUCCAUAUGGUUAUCGCACGGAACACCUUACCAUAACAGAUCGAGAUGGUUCUACUCUGUAUGAAACAGAGGAUAGAGCUCUUUACGAGGAAAUCUUUCUGCAAGACGAUGUCGAGACCCUUGAAAGAUACUUUGCUGUUGAACCUCUAGCUAUUCCAAAGCUAUACUCCCUUCCGGACGAUGAUGAGGGAUUCUUUGACGUGAGCCUGAUCUACUUAAACGCCCUUAACUAUGGAAGCCUCGGUAUAAUUCAACUUCUCGUGUCGUAUGAGUUAGAAUACCUCGAUUCCAAGGAAAAGAUCAGGUUCGAUAGGGUCGGAUUCCAGCUGUUGACCGAGGCAGCUAGAUGGGGCCACUUUGAAAUGGUCCAGUUCUUUCUAGAUAAUCAGCCCUUCUACGCCGAUAUCCACGACCGGGACUGGGUGGGCAACACGGCGCUGUUAGCCGUGGCAGAUCUCCACCAACACAAAUACGUUCGAUGCCAUACGUACUCUGGUGUCAGACUGGAGACAACUGAGGGGAUGAUGAACUUCCUUCUGGAUCGGGGUGCCUGCGCUGCCGAUGUUGUCCUCCCGCCGGUUGACCCUCACGAAACGCCGAGAAUGCCGGAAACUGUUCUGACUUUGGCUGCGAAAUGGUCAAGCCCAGAGAUGAUUAAGAGACUUAUCGACUGUGGCGCUAACGUCCAUGCCAAAUUCACCUACUUCGCUUGGGAUUUGGGAUUCUAUGCAGGAGAUGAGGAUUUUCAUCAUGCCACCGCACUAUUUGUUGGCUGUCUUUUCGAUAACUCUAAGGCUAUCAAGAUUCUGAUCGAUUUCCGAGGCGACAAUGUCGAAAUUUCGGAUAUGCUACGUCCUCGAGACACUCGUGGACUGUUUCCUAUCCAUUGGGCAUCUCAAAAUCAUAUGGUAACAGAGUGUCGAGAUGUCCCAGAAUCUGGGUUCCAGGAACGGGCAGAAGAUACUAUUAGUACUAUUGGAGUCCUCCUAGAAUACGAUCCAACAUUAGUUAAUAUUCAGGAUGAUAAUAGGAACACACCUUUACAUCAUGCCGUCUACACUUUGUGGCUAAAUGAGUUAUUUUACACGUCCAUCCUCAAAUUUCUUUGCGACAAGGGUGCAGAUGCUAGUAUAUGUAACGAGAAGGGCCAAACACCUCUACAUAUCCUGUUUUGCAGCACUCAUACCUCUUUGCCCAUUAAUGUGGCUGCUGUUUCUAUUCUACUCACCUAUGGCGCGAGCCCCAUUGCCGCUGAUGUUGAUGGGAAUACGCCGGUCCAUCUUGCAGCCCUACGUUUGGAAUCUGUUGACGCUAUGUCAUUCUUGCUUCAGAAGGGUGGCGACGCGUUUCAACGAAAUUUAAAACAAGAAACAGCGCUGGAUAGGGUUACUAUAGGUACCCUUAGCUUAGGCGCAGUAAAGAGCGGAGAGAAGGAUUUAACCAAGGCGCGGGAGGAUAUGGUAUCUAUACUGACAAAAGCUGGGGAGGGGAGUCAUUAA